AUGACUACUUCAGUACCUCUUACUCUUGGAUACGGCGAUAUCCAUCCCUUCGCAAAAGUACAAAUUUCUGACCAUGAGUCCGUACAACAACUCUUACGAACACUUCUCGAUCCUCUUCAACCUUUCUUCUCUCCUGCCAAGGCCAGAGUGCGUGUGCCUGGUGGUACUGGAGUGAGAUUUGAUCAAACAGCCGCCGAAGUCGAGGGUCUUUGUCGGCCUCUCUGGGGUCUAGCAUUUCUUUUAGCAGGUGGAGGAAGCUACGCAUACACGGAUGCAUGGAUUGAAGGCAUCAAGGCUGGGACAGAUCCUGAAAGUCCAGAAUACUGGGGUAGUCCCCGCGACAACGACCAAAGAAUGGUCGAAAUGUGUCCUCUUGGGGUGGCAUUUGCGAUUGCGCCGCAAUUUUGGCAGAACCUUUCGGAGAAAGAGAGGGGAAAUGUUGAACAGUGGUUGGGGAACUCAAUCAACACCAAAGAAAUGCCAAACACGAAUUGGCUCUGGUUCAGAGUUUUUGCCAAUUUGGGAUUGAAGUUGAACAAUGGCAAAUACUCAGAAGAAAGGUUGCAGCAGGAUAUCAAGCAUCUUGAAAGCUUCUAUCGUGGCGGGGGCUGGUCUAAUGAUGGCCCGGAGGGGAUUCAUCAAAUGGAUUACUACUCUUCUAGCUUCGCAAUUCAGUUCCUUCAGCUCAUAUAUGCCAAGUUGGCAGAAGCGGAGGAUCCGGAGAGAGCCCAAGAGUUUAAAGAACGUGCACGCCUUCUAACGCUUGAUUUAAUCCACUAUUUCGACGAACAAGGUCGUGCCAUUCCCUUCGGUCGAAGCAUGAUCUACCGGUUUGCGGUAGUAAGCUUUUGGGGUGCCCUGGCAUAUGCAGAUGUUGAGCUUCCUGCCCCUUUAACGUGGGGAAUUGUGAAGGGCAUUGUGCUCCGGCAUUUUCGAUGGUGGCAGACCCAGUCCCAAAUAUGGUCGUCCACUGGUACACUUACAAUUGGGUACUCCUAUCCCAAUAUGUAUAUGGCUGAAAGUUACAAUAGCCCCGGAAGCCCGUACUGGGCAUGUGUUGCAUUUAUCUGCCUAGCUGUGCCGCAAAGCCAUCCCUUUUGGACGUCUGAGGAGAUGCCCCUUCCAAAAUCCCUGCCUGGAGUAAAGGCGAUCAAACAGCCAAAGCAUAUCAUCAGCUCUCUAGGAGGCCACCACUUUCUUCUAUCAUCUGGCCAGGCAUGCGGAUACCCAAUGAAAGGUACACACGCAAAGUAUGGCGCCUUCGCGUACAGUAGCGCCUUUGGAUAUUCCGUAUCUCCAGGACAUUAUACGCUUGGGCAGUAUGCUCUGGCAUCUCAGCUCGGAUUCUCUGACGACGGUGGCGAAUUUUGGAAAGCCCGUCGAUUGAGUCAGUAUUCUGCUCUGGAAGAAAGGGACGGACUGCCUGUCCUUGUUUCAAUUUGGAAGCCGUUCCCAGACGUUGAAGUCAAGACUAUUCUGGUACCCCCGACGGAGGCGACACCAAACUGGCAUCUCCGAAUCCAUCGUAUCGAAGCUGGUCGAGAUGUUAUGACGGCAGAUGGUUCUUUUGCGAUUGCCAACACUCGGGCCCUUGACGGAAGGCACCUAGACUCUUAUAAUGCGAACAUUUCGGAGGGUACAUUCCCGCGAUAUCUCAACAACUACGACGCCCGUACGCAAGAUGGCUAUUCGGGGGGCGACCAAGGCGCAUUUGUAGUAUCAAUAGGAGCAGUUGGGAUUCGUGCUUUGGAACCAAAUUCGCAACGGAGAGCCACGCUUGUAGAGGCCGAUGCAAACUCGAACGUGAUGGAAAGCAGAACAGUUAUUCCAACCUUGGAGCUUAAUAUUCCGAAAGGUCAAACGGUGUCAUUUAUCUCGGCCGUUUAUGCAAGACCAGCAGGUCGUAGCCUACUCAAAGAAGAUUACCUACGUGGAUGGGAUAGUCCUCCUGAGAUCCCAAAAUGGGUUCUGACAGAGAUGGUGACAUGA